AUGUCCGAGGCCAGCGGCAGCCCAUUGGCAGAGGAUGUGGGGCCGUGUGUCAGGGUCCACUCACGCACCCCAAGCCGGGGCAGCCAGCGUGUCGAGUGCAUCAUCUGCUUCUCCUCCUAUGACCUGGGCGUGCGGCUGCCGCGCCGCCUCUACUGCGGCCAUACCUUCUGCCAGGCCUGCCUGAAGCGCCUGGAUGCUGUCACCAACGAGCAGCGCUGGAUCCCCUGCCCGCAGUGCCGCCAAAACACGCCUACACCGCGCGGCGGCGUUGCCAUGCUCGACCUCGACCUCGCCACCUUCCUCGCUGUCAAGGCCGACAAGGAGCAUCCCCAGGUGCCCGGCAGGUCCCAUCCCGACCCGGCCACCAAGGGCUCAUGCAAGGAGAAGGUGGUGACGCAGCAGCCAACAGGGCUGUGCCAAGAUGCGGUGCCUCCAGCGCUGUUCCCCCGGCGGGGCUGCUGCCGGCCGUGCUCAUGCUGUGGAGUGACGGCGGCCUUCGAGAGCUGAGCAUGAGCAGGGGGCUGCUGAGGUGCAGUCUGGGACCACUGCUGGGGACCCUAUUGGCCAUGUGUGGACAGGAGCAGCCUGGGAAGGGCUUCAGCUCGCUUAGGGCUCGCUGCACAUCCUGCCAGUGUCCGUCCUGAUGGGAUUUGGGGUGCAGCAGGGUGGAUGAUGAGGAUGCCUUCACCCCCUCAUCUCGCUCACCUGCUCCUCUGGCAACUCAGAAGCCUGACCCAGCCAUCACAGAUGGCCCCUGGUCCCUGGCCAGGGGCUUGCUCAUCCAUAGCUUCUCCAUGCAUGUAGCUC